AUUCUUGAGUUGGCUCAAGAUACUGGUCUUGAGCCUGUGGCUGAAGAGGAUGAGGAAGAAGAAGAGAAUGAUGAUGAAGAGGAGCCUGAUGAUGAAGAGAAGAGGAAGCGAUUACGUAGACAGUCACUGAUGCAUUGA